GAACUCAGCGAUGUAUACCAGGUGGAGAAGUUUGGAUUCACGGAUGCUGAUUAUGACAAACGGACCGGUACUCGGUACGGUGCUUUCCUCAAAUGGAAUAAACGUUGCAAGUUUGCUGAACAAGCAGGGUGUCCAAUUGAGCCGGAACACCCCCAAACACCGCCAUCAAUGAAAGUGAGUGAUAGAUGUGAAGUACCACCAGAAGUUAGCAUGGAAGAUGUCGCUGCUGGCCUGUCGAGGCGCAUGAAAGGCACUAUCGGGGUUGUGGGCAAUGUGGAGUUCAAAGCAGGGUUCUGGGUUGGUAUGGACUUCGCACAUGUUUACGCCUUCUCCGCUUUCACUGUACUACAAGUUGUGAAAUAUUUCUCAUGCCCUAACAAGCAUGGCGUAUUGGUCUGGCCUGACUGUGUAGUAGUCGGAGAUUUCCCAGAAGAGGAUCUUUCUGUUUCUGAGGACGAGAUGUAGACGAGAUAUAGCCCGUAGAAACAAAGGCGGCCGUAAUAAACGAACCAAACGUCACUGCAUACGGUAUGCACAUCCCUGGAAUUGUGCGGCGUUUAUGCGCUCGCAAACUGUCAGGCCGUCAAUGACGGUCGGAGAGUGUCACGAGCUCAAAAACGCGUUUUUGUUGGUGUCCCGUAAUAAGGG